ACUAUUGAUUUGUGAGCAUGAUCAACAAUUCAAGAUGGCAGAGGAAACCAUUUAUCUGUGUAACUUUCGAGUUUCGGUUGAUGGUGACUGGUUAUGUUUAAAAGAACUCAGUGAUGUGCAGUUGGAGGUAGAUGAAUUAGAUCUUCCCACACCUGAGGAUGGAAGAGAUCCCCGUACAAUUGAGCGAUGUAACUUGUUAAAUGUAUCCAAACUUAUCAUAAAGGAGGUGAUCGACUCCAGCUUGUCUCAUGGCCGUAUGCUGGAUGACAACCAUGUUCCACUUCAGCAGUUCUUUAUUGUUCUAGAACAUGUUCUGCGCCAUGGACUUAAGCCCAAGAAAAGUUUACUACGAGAUCGACGAGAUUUCUGGUGCGUUCUAGAGACGGUGGAGAAACUGGUUCCAGAAGCUUCCGAAAUAACCACCAGUGUCAGAGAAAUGCCAAACCUCAAGACACCAUUAGGCAAAGCCAGAGCAUGGUUAAGGCUGUCACUUAUGCAGAAGAGUCUAGCUGACUACCUUAAAGUACUGUGUGAGAAAAAAGACCAAGUACUUAGUGAAUUUUACGAGCCGGGGGCCAUGAUGUUGGAGGAUGAAGGAAUGGUCUUUACGGGUCUACUUGUGGGACUUAAUGUCAUCGACUGUAAUAUGUGUAUAAAAGAAGAGGAUUUAGACCAACCUAUGGGAGUCAUAGAUUUCAGUUUGUACUUAAACAACAGAAUUAAUGAUGACCUGUCACCAGAAAAUGAAAGUCCAGAAACAAAGAACAAAAUGGCUACCAUACUAGAUCAGAAAAAUUAUCUAGAGGAGCUCAACAGACACCUGAAUGCAACAGUCACAAAUCUCCAACAAAAGCUAGAGAGUGUUCAAACUACCAACACACUUUUAAAAGAAGAUCUUGCCAUUGCUAAAAACUCAGUGUUAGAAUUACAAGCAGAAAAUGACACUCUAAAAGCUGACCAGGGUUCUAUAGUUGAUGACACAAAGCGGCAACUUGAGGCUGCCAAACAGGAUAUUGAGACAGAACGAGAGACAUAUAAGACAUCUAGGGAGGGACUGGACAGCAUGUACUCUGAUCUAAAGAAACAGCUGGAGGAGGAAACACACGUCAGGCUCGAUGUUGAGAAGGAACUAGAAUUGCAGAUCAGCAUGAAACAAGAAAUGGAGAUGGCACUGAGAAUUCUAGAGAAAGAUAUUCAUGAAAAACAGGACACCAUGAUUUCUUUACGACAACAGCUGGAGGACAUCAAAGGAAUCAACCUGGAAAUGUACAAGAAAUUACAGACCUGUGAGGGUAGUUUGAAACAUAAAAGUGAAUUGGUUUCUAAGUUAGAAGAGAAGACUAAUCAGUUAGUGACCACACUCAAGGACAUGGAGAAGAGAUUAAAACAAGCUGAAGCUGACAAACAGGCAGCUGAAGAAACUGCCCGAAAACUCGGCCAAAUCAUUGCCGACAAAGACGCAAAAAGGACAGCACUUGAGACAGAUCUUAAAAUAGAAAGGGAGUGGAGAGGGACAUUACAAAGGUCUCUAGAGGAUGAAAAGGAGAAAGUGGCAGCAAUACAAACAGACCUACAGAAAUAUAAACAGUUAGAUAAGGAAUAUGCUGCUUUAGAGCGUCGGCAUAAGGAGAUGCAGAAAACUUGUGAAGAACAAGAGAGAACACUAGCUGAACUGGGAUCUCAUCUAAGCGCGUCAAAGUUACGGAUGGAGGACAUGAGGGAAGCUCAGCAGGCGGUGAAGGAAGCCCAAUGGAUCAGUGAUAAAGAGGCUACAAACUGUAAAGGCUGUACUAAAGAGUUCUCCAUCUCCCGGAGACGGCACCAUUGUCGAAAUUGUGGAGAGAUAUUUUGUAAUGAGUGUUCAGACAAUAAGAUGCCCCUGCCUUCCUCAGCUAAGCCUGUGCGUGUUUGUGAUAACUGUCAUACCUUACUGCUGCAAAGGUAUUCCUCAACAGGAAACUGAUCACAGUGUCUUUGUGAAGAUUUCAAACUACAAUGGCCCAAUACUCAAGACAUCAGCCUUGUAUCAGUAUGAAAAUUCCAUAGGAUUAAAAAGUGCUGCAGAAAUGGUGAUAGUCAUGAACCAUUUAAAGCUAGAAGGUGUUUCCAUGACAACCAUUCAAAAAUCUUUUCUUGACAACAUUUAAACAUCUAUUCGUGUCAUCCCUAAAUACAUUCCAGCAUAUCUCUUAGAUUUCUAUUACUAGAAUGCAUGGUAUGUGGUCUGUUGGAUCAUGUAUGCUAUCCCUGCCAUUUUGAGUGUAGUAAUCACAAAGCCAAGUUGUUUUGCUUGUUAUUAUUUCCAAAGCCAUAAUUAUAUGCAAUACAUAUUUAUAUGCUAGUAAUUAUUUUUUUAUUUUUCCAUAAUUUUUAUUUUGUCUCCCUAUAGUGAAAUGGAACCUACAGAAAUGAACAUCUUAGGUUGCCUAGAUACUUAUAUAUGUAAUGUGCAUCAUGAAGUAUUUGGGCUAAUGUCGUAAAAUAGGUAUUGGGUGAUUUUGCAUUUAUAUUACAUAUACCUGUACUAUUAUUGUGAUUUUAAAUGUAAUGUGAAUGAAAUGUAUUCUUGGUUUAAAUGUGGAUCAGUUAUCAACAUGCCAAGUUUUCAACAGCAAAAAAAAAAAAAAAAAGAGUUGUGUUCACAUCAGAUAAUACAUACAUGUACAUUGUAUGUAUUCAAAGCCUGUCCUCCUUUCAGUAUUCAGAAGUAUUUAUGGAUGUAAUUUUGCAGCGUAUGCUUUACUAAAUAUUGGUAAUACUUAAAGCAAGAGAAGGAAAACCUGCAAGCUUAGGGGAAAAGAUUACUUUUAAUAUUUCAUUUAUCUGCUUUCAAACAUUUUGUAAAAAAAAUGUUUUAUGCAAAUUUAUUUUAUAGUGAAGUUAAAUUUAAAUGCAUUUUAGGUUUUGCAGAGUAAUUAGUACAUGAAUGAUCAUAAUUGAAUAAGCCUUGUCUGUGUUUAUGUUCAUCAAAUAUUGGGGAUGUGUUAUCAUUUUUUAUGUUGAUCGUGAAUUAGUGUACUAGAGAUCAUAAGGGGUUAUAACCCCCCUCCGUGAAAUGAGUAAACAUACUGUUUUUCCCCAAACAUAUGUGUACUUUUCAGCAAGGGUUUAGUGUUUAAUAGAAAAAAAGUAAUAUAACUGCCAGACUCAUUGCAAUCACGUGAAGAAGAAUGGGUAUUGCUUCCCUUCAGAAAAUGUUGCAGAAGAUUAUUUUGCAAAGCAUAAUUGUUGAUUUGUAUAUUAUUGUUAUUACAUAAAACAAUAAAUGAUAAAAAAUGAA